AUGUAUUUAUGGAGAGUGAGCAAUGGUGUCUAUGAUCCCAAAUCCUCAGGAAAGUGUGCCAUUUAUAUAUUGUCUGAACUGGGCUGGCUGGAGUUCCCACAAGGAAAACCUUUCCAGAGCGGAUAUAAGAAUCGUGUAUGGCCAGAAUGCAGGAUGGCAAGAAACGUGCGUUUGGCAUCAUCAGUCUCCAAUGAGGCGCCACAGCUGGUACCUUUUGAUUGGCCUCUGAUUCACCAUUGCUUGGAAUGGAGUGCUGGGAUAUGCAGCGUUGGGGAGGGAGGAGUGGGGGCAGUAUAG